CACCAAGCUCGACUCGCAACACCAACAUCGAAGACGACACAUACCCUAGAUCAAAGUGAAAAGAGCAGUUUCAAGUACCCAUUCGAGUUGCGGUCUGAUACAACCUGUAUUACACAGCGGCCUUUUCUCACGCUCCCACGGGGCCCCAUCACACUCACAACCCACGACAACCGACUCGCGCGCCGGAGAACAAAUCCGCACAGUCAAACAUAAAAACAGCCACAAUGCUCGCAUCGACAGGAAGGGGAGGCGCUGGAAACAUCCUUGACCAGUCCAAGUCGCCCAAGCUCACCCCCGAGGACCUCGAGACGCCCACGUUGAAGACAAAUGUUGUAACCAGUGGCCGUGGAGGAAGCGGAAACAUGGUCAAGGGGGACUCCUCAGUCAAGCGUGCACUUCAGGAUGUUGAGGCCGUCCCUCGACGUGACAGCGGCGGCGCGACCCACUAUGGCAGGGGAGGAGCCAAUGUCUUCAAAGGGUCUCUCGAGGAGGAGGCUGCUGCCCGGAAGGCCAAGGCCGAGGGCACCAGCGCCAUCGACGACGAACAGUCCUCGCUGCGCAAGAGCCCGUCCCCCGACGAGAAGACCAACAGCCUCGCAGCCAAGGGCAAGCAGUGGCUCAGCAACCUGACCAAGAAGGCAUGAGCUCUAUUGCCAUCCUCGGUCACGUCACCCUUGGCGCCAGGCGUACCUCCGUCGGCGUCUGUCUCGCUUCCGCCGUUUCGCAUACACAGAGACGUGGUAUUUGGCUCGCCGCCACCCUAUCAGCCAUCGAGGCUGUCUUGUGGCAUGUGUUUUCUCUCCUUUUUUUUUUCUCUUUUUGCGAUGGAGUUUACUAUGGAUACGGGAAUAAUCACUCAGCGAGGGCCUGAGUGACGACUAGGCGGGCGUUUUUAGGAGGGAAUUGCGGUCGAAAACGUUUGAAACGACAGAAAAAAAGUUCUUGAUACCAUAAUCAUCUCCAACGAGAUAAAGGCCAUGACGGGAAGGAAAAGUACACCACCGAAUCUACAAACUCUCCUUCAUCAUUCCGUAUUUGCUGUCGCGCUCUGAGUUGGACGCCGUUUCACCCAACCAGACAGAACAAAAGGCUGCAGUACAGUAGCAGUGGCGCUCAAUCG